CUCACUAAUUAGUAAACUGUAGAGAUUUUUGUACCAGCUUCAUGUCUUCCAAAAAGUAUUCUCUGAGUGCUCCUUGCAUAAUUGUGCUCUCCACCUUUUUCUCCCAAAAGACUUUAAUCCCACAACAGGACAAAGAGAUAUGGGAUAGAGAGGCUGGGGCAUUUUCUAGAUAUCUCGAAGUAACAAAUCCUGAGAGGUUUUUCAGCAAGAAAGGAGACUCAUCAAGUACACAAUUAUGGCUUUAUUGCGUACUAUCAUACAUCCAAAUUUGCUUUUCUGGAUUCUCCGCCUGUAGCAGAAGCGAUUCCCCCAGUCUUUCCAAAAUCACUCACAAAUUAUUACCAUAUCAUUGCUGUACGAUUGGCAAGACAGGGUAAGUCCUACCAUUAUCAGACUGGUCACUUGCAUAUGCUAAAGCCUAAAAGUGUCGCAUAUCCCUUGGUGUCUAAACUUCCUUCAGCUUUGAAUAACAGCAAUGAACUUUAGACAAGAUUGGAGGUCUAAAAAAUGCCUCUUUACUCGAAGCUUUUGGGAUAAUCAAUUUCUUUUUACAACUUGACAGCAUGAUUUGUGGACCUAUGCUUCUCUUUUCAGGAAGAGCUGUCAAUCCCAUUGAUUUGAGCUGGGUUGGUUUCACACGAGAUCUUACACUAUGGAUUACGUCUUAAACUCAACUAAUCUGUACUUUGACUACCCGUUCAUCAUGUUCUGCAAUUGUACAGAAGUUAUUGCACGGGUGCUGAAAAUUUGUGAAGAAUAGUAUGAAACAAUACCCCUGGCAAUGGUGGGCUAAGAAUCUGAAUAAUCAGUUUGGUUUACUUUGAAAUCGAUUUUUCAGUGCUGGGUAGAGAUAAAUUUGAAUAGAGGAACAACUACUUACAAGUAGCCAAGCAAAUUGUGGAGUUGUACUCCUGCUUACAUAUGGACUUAAUUCAACCAACAUUCACCGACCAUAAUUCCAGCAAUUAUGCUGGAUAUUUACAACUUUUCCAGUCUGCAUUUAUUUCAACUGUAUCUAAUAGUCACACGUUCAUACUUGUGCAACAAAGCAAUUAUGACAGUAUUCAGGCUUACUUGAUGAUAAGUCAUGGAGUAUUCUUUUUGCUUUUUUGGGAACAAAGAAGCUUGGAACUUGUUUUGGUUCAUUCACAAUUCCGCUUGUUAAGUUGCUGCUAGGAUUUGGUGAACCUAAAUCUCAUAUAUCUCUCUUGUUAUAGUUGGCAGUUUGACAGCUUCUACCAAAAUAUCUGACCCAAUUGCCAAAAACAAGAUUCACUCUUUUAUCAUCGUUUCAGAAAGACCUGGAAAUUUUUGUCAUAUAUGUUCAGAUAGGAAGUCCU